GACGUUGGCAAAAUCAUCGUUUUGGCAAACAAUGGAGCCAUGAAACUUAAAAAAAAAAAGAAAACAAACAACCUACGAAAACAAGAAUUGGUAUUUAUUUUAUUUGAUUACCUAUCAAUUCAUUAUCAUGAAAGAUCCAAAGAUGAGUUCUCACCUAUCCGGAGGGCGGUUGAACGUUAGUCUUGUCCAGGAGACCAUGAGAAAAGAUUUGCUAAAUCUCCUGCAACUAUGUGAGGGACCUAAAGUGACCAUAUGGGAUGAAUGGCUUGCUGGUCCUGUAGGACUCAUAGCACAAUACUCCCUGCUCGAGGAACACCAAGUUGUAGAGAUGUACCCCUUAAGACCAGGCAAUAUUGGAGUUAAGGCAUAUAAGCAUAUUGUCUUUAUAACUCGGCCCAAACUGGUUUUGAUGGACUUGGUUGCGGACUAUAUAUUAUCACUAAGGAACAAAGGGAGUUCUUCCCAAGUGGAGUUCCACUUGUUCUUUGUGCCACGCAAGAGUGAGCUGUGUGAGAAGCACCUCAUCAACCGAGGAGUCUUCCUCAGCCUCUCUGUACAGGAGUUCAAAUGUGAUAUCUAUCCGUUUGAAAGCGAUGUAAUGUCUUUGGAACUACAAAAUGAUUUUAGAGAAAACUACUUGGAAGGCGAUCCAACCUGUAUCUACAAUUCAGCACAGGCACUUCGGUCCAUACAACAAUUGUAUGGUAUCAUACCCAGAGUGUAUGGAAAAGGGGUGGCUGCAAAACAGGUCUGGGACCUGUUCACGCGGCUGAACAAAGAGGAGCAAGGCACGGGACCCAAGGGGGCGUCGACCUCUUGCAUCGACCAGCUGCUGCUGCUCGACCGCGCGGUGGACCUCGCUAGCCUCAUGACCACUCAGAUGACGUACGAUGGACUUAUUGACGAGCUAUACGGUAUAAAAAGUUCGACGGUAUCGUUCCCUGGACACAAGUUCGUGAGUCCGGACGACCCAACGCCCGAGGUCACUGGCCGCGAGAGGAAGCGCAUCAUACUCAACUCCAGCGAGGAACUGUUCGCUGAACUCAGGGACUGCAACUUUGCUGAAGUCGGGCCGCUACUGUCGAAGAAAGUACACCAAAUCAAGACACAACUGGAGGAGCGCCACAACCGCAACAAGUCUGUGCAGGAGAUCAAGCAGUUUGUGUCGCGUCUGCCACAGAUGUUGGCCGCCAAGUCCUCGCUGGCCACCCACAUGGCCAUCGUCGAGUAUAUCAAGGAGACGACAGAUAGUUUCGAAUUCCACGACACAAUCCAGUGCGAAGAGGAAUUCCUGAACUGCAUUGACAAUGAGAAGGUGUCUCCCUAUAUAGAAGAGCUCAUCGCUAAAAAGGAACCACUCACAAAAGUCCUGCGGCUAAUUUGCCUGCAAUGUGUGACCGGGUCCGGACUCAAACCCAAAGUCCUCGAGUACUACAAACGGGAGUUAGUACAAGUGUAUGGAAUGAGCACUUGGCUCACACUGUGCAACCUGGAAAAAUGUGGUCUGUUAAGGCCUCAAGCUGGUGCUAGGCAGUACACAGUUCUUAGAAAGGCAUUGCAUUUGACCAUGGACGAAAAUGAAAUAGAAGCCAAAGAGAAUUACCUCUCAUCAAAAUAUACGCCGCUGACGGUGCGACUCAGCGAACACAUCGCUAAGAAUAAAGGUUGGAAUGGUAUUCAAGAAAUAUUAGGCUUGCUACCAGGUCCGCCAAUAGAAGUUCUCCAAACUUUACAGCCUCGAAUGGCGAGAAGAAACUCAAUUUCCAGCGAGAAUUCGUCAGUGGAGAAUCCAAGAGUAAUCCUAGUGUUCUUCAUUGGUGGUUGUACAUACCAAGAGAUCUCCGCACUAAGGACCAUUAGCCAACAAGAGGACUCCAAUGUAGAAUUCGUUAUAUUGACCACCAAGCUGCAUACAGGGACUACAUUUAUCGAAUCUCUCAUGGAAGCUGAUUAAUUUGAUUAAUUUUUUAUGCUGUCUUAUUAGAAAUUACUAUUCCUGAUGGGAAAUUUUGUCCAUAAUAUCAAGAAUUUUCGAGAUCAAUGAUAAGUAAAGAUUUAUGAUUACUAGAAUAAACAAUGCUAAUCUGCAGAUAGAUGACCAUUAAUGAUUUUGUAUUUGUGGAUAAAUAUUGGUGAAGACACAAUUACAAAUAACUUCAUUAGUAUGUAACGAAUUUUGAGUUAAAGGCUACCCAGUGUUUUAAAUAUUAAGUUACAGAUAUUAAACAUGUCUAUAAAAUGUCCAGUUCAUUAGAUCCAAUAUUGUCAGGAUGAUCUAUGUAUUUGUAAUGUAUUGGAUGAUCUCUUAAAAAUGGACUGUGGGGUGUACACUCAGCAACACAUUAAUCUACCCCAAUUAAUUUCAAAGUUGCUACUGCUGCAAGGAGAUACCAGCUAAGUAACUUGACGAGUGAUUGACUGUUAUUAUAUAUUAUAGAUAAAUGUAUUUUAGUUUUGUAAGACACAAAGAUGUUUAUUAUUUAAUCAAGAUUUGGUAUAUUAAAAGCUUUAUAUCUGUCCAAAA